GACGCAACCUCCUUCAAUUUCGGUUUCCAACACAACGAUGGAGUGAAGGCAUGAAGACCCGAAACUGAAACCAAAAAUAAACUGCAGGCAGAGGGGGAAGGAGAGCGGCAGGAGGGUCAUUAAAUAAAUCUACUUUUCUGUUGGUAGGAAAUGAUGUCCGAGAGUGAAGAGCAUGGCUCGCUCCUAGACAAGAUCAACGACAAGAUCAACGAGAAGAUCCAUGAGUACAAGCACUCGUCGUCGUCGUCCUCCUCUUCGGACUCAGAUGAUGACAAGAAGCCCAAGAAGUCUAAGAAGAAGAAGCUUUUUGGAAGAAAACACCCAUUGCAUCAUGUCCUCGGAGGAGGCAAAGCCGCCGACCUUGUGCUGUGGAGGAACAAACAGGCAUCUGGGAGCAUAUUGGUAGGGGUGACCGUGAUCUGGUUACUGUUCGAGGGCAUCGGCUACCACCUCCUUACCUUCCUCUGCCACGCACUAAUUGUGUUUCUCACUAUCUGGUUCAUCUGGUCCAAUGCUGCGUCCUUUGUCAACAGGUCACCUCCAAAGUUCCCAGAGGUCAUUCUAUCUGAAGUCCAGUGCAUGAAGGUAGCUCAUGUUGCAAGGAAAGAAAUCAACGAGGCUUUCUAUACAUUGCGCAAUGUUGCUUCUGGAAAAGAUUUGAAAACAUAUCUGAUGACAGUUACAGUGCUGUGGUUCAUUUCCAUAAUUGGAAGCUGCUUCAGUUUCUUGACUCUGUCUUACACUAUUUUCCUGAUGGCAUACACUCUGCCCAUGUUGUAUGAGAAAUACGAAGAUCAAGUUGAUAUCGUAGGCGAGAAGGCCCUCAUUGAGAUAAAAAAGCAGUACAAAGUGAUUGAUGCAAAGUUUAUCUCUAAGAUCCCAAUGUUGUCUGAGAAGAAACAACACUGAGAGAGGGUGCUCCAAAGGUCUAAUUCAGCACAUUACCAAUAUAUGAAAGUAGUUCCUUUGGCUUUGCUAUAUCAUCAUUUAGCAACCUUUAAGAUGAUACCAUAGAUAUUAUAUGGAUUCCUAAGGUUGGAAAUUUGUGUCUUCCGAGUCCCCUAGAAUAGUUGCUUCUUCCUGUCUGACAGUGAAUUUGAUUUUGUAUGGAUGUGACAUAUAUAUGCCUGACCAAUUGUCAUUAUUUGCUAUUCAUAUAUGUUACUGGGUGUAUUUAAUA